CAACACUCCGCCGCCGGCGCGUGCGGACACAGAAACACAGGCCAUGGCGCCAAUGGGCGAGUACCAACCCAUCCCUCUAGAUGAUGAAAAGCAAUCCGAUGCCAGCGCCUGGGGGAGGAGGAUACGACACCUGGACGACUUCUAUCAUCACCAGGCGCAAACGGCGGGAAGGCUGUGCCAGCACUGGGUAUGGCUCGUGCACGUCGCCCUGCUCUCCGUCUCAACGACCCUCUUCGCGCUCGCCUUCUGCUUGCACUAUGGGGGGUCGUCCGGCCUCGUCGCGCCGCCCCAGUCCUCCAUCUACUGUAAGUGUUGAAAAGUGUUGGACCAUCAUCGAGCCCUUCUCGGAAGGACAGG